UGGGAGAGGCGGGAUCUGGGCGGGUCCUCGGCGCCGAGCGCGGGAAGUCCGGAUUCUGCGACCGCGGCUUCGGCGCGAUCAUGAUCUUGGAUCGUGAGCUUCGUCAGCUGAGCAAGGCCAAGGCCAGAGCGCAGAGGAGCGGGCAGCCGCGGGAGGAGGCGGCCUUCUGCCACCAGCUGGGGGAACUGCUGGCCGGCCAUGGCCGCUACGCGGAGGCCCUGGAGGAACACCGGCAAGAGUUACGGCUGCUGGAGGGCGCCCAGGACCCCUUGGGCUGCGCGGUGGCCCACCGCAAGAUUGGAGAGAGACUGGCCGAGAUGCAGGACUACUCUGCGGCCCUGCAGCACCAGCACCGCUAUCUGGAACUGGCUGGCUCCCUGUCCAACCACACGGAGCGGCAGAGAGCCUGGGCCACCAUUGGCCGCACUCACCUGGAUAUCUAUGACCAUUGCCAGUCGAGGGAGGCCUUGCUGCAGGCCCAGGCUGCCUUUGAGAAGAGCUUGGCUAUUGUGGAUGAGAAGCUAGAGGGGACACUGACCCAGCGAGAGCUGAGUGAGAUGAGGACCCGGCUGUACCUCAACCUGGGUCUUACCUUUGAGAGCCUGCAGCAGAUGGCCUUGUGCAAUGCCUACUUCAAGAAGAGCAUCUUUCUUGCUGAGCAUAACCACCUCUAUGAGGAUCUGUAUCGUGCCCGCUACAACCUCGGUGCUAUCCACUGGCGUGCUGGGCAGCAUUCUCAGGCCAUGCGCUGCCUGGAGGGGGCCCGGGAGUGCGCUCGUGCCAUGAAGAAGCGGUUCAUGGAGAGCGAGUGCUGUGUGGUAGUCUCACAGGUCCUCCAAGAUCUGGGAGAUUUUUUGGCUGCCAAACGAGCUCUGAAGAAGGCCUAUAAGCUGGGUUCCCAGAAGCCUGCACAGAGGGCAGCAGUCUGCCAGAGCCUCAAGUAUGCAGUGCUGGCAGUGGUCCAGUUGCAGCAACAGCUGGAGGAAGCUGAGGGCAGUGACCCUCAGGGCGCCAUGGCCAUCUGUGAGCAGCUGGGAGACCUGUUUUCCAAAGCAGGCGACUUCCCCAAGGCAGCUGAGGCUUAUCAGAAGCAGCUGCACUUUGCUGAGCGGCUGAACAGACCAGACCUUGAGCUGGCCAUCAUCCACGUGUCCCUGGCCACCACGCUGGGAGACAUGAAGGACCAUCGCCAGGCUGUGCACCACUACGAAGAGGAACUGAGGCUGCGCAAAGGCAAUGCCCUGGAGGAAGCCAAGACCUGGCUCAACAUCGCACUAUCCCGUGAGGAGGCUGGUGAUGCAUAUGAGUUGUUGGCACUGUGCUUCCAGAAGGCUCUCAACUGUGCCCAGCAGGUGCAGCGGCCCCAGCUUGAGAGGCAGGUCUUACAGCACCUCUACACCGUGCAGUUGAGGCUGCAGCCCCAAGAUGCUCCUGGCACUGAAACCAAACUUCAGGAGCUAAGUAUGGCCAAGGAAGAGGAGGAAGAGGAGGAGGAGGAGGAAGAGGUGGAGGAAGGGACCAUCGAGGCCCUGGAGACCAUCGAGCUGGAACUCUCAGAGAGUGAGGAUGAUGCUGAUGACCCAUCCCGGGAGGCAGAGGAGGAUGAGGAGCGUCAGGGCUGCCUGGGCCGGCGGAAGGUGAACAAGUGGAACCGGCGCAAUGACAUGGGUGAGACCCUGCUACACCGAGCCUGCAUCGAAGGCCGUCUGCGUCGUGUCCAGGACCUUGUAAAGCAGGGCCACCCUCUUAACCCUCGGGACUACUGUGGCUGGACGCCUCUGCAUGAAGCCUGCAACUAUGGGCACCUGGAGAUUGUCCGCUUCCUCCUGGACCAUGGGGCCUCAGUGGAUGAUCCUGGCGGCCAAGGGUGUGAGGGUAUCACCCCUCUGCAUGACGCUCUCACCUGUGGCCACUUUGAGGUGGCUGAGCUGCUCAUUGAGCGAGGGGCGUCUGUCACCCUCCAAACCAGGAAGGGCCACAGCCCACUGGAGACACUGCAGCAGUGGGUGAAGCUGUACUGCAAGGACCUGGACCUUGAGACACGACAGAAGGCAGCAGCCAUGGAGAGGAGGCUCCAAGCAGCCUCCUUGGGCUCAGCCUCUCACAACACUCCGGCUCCCCGGACUGUCCUGAGUAACCAUCUAUUUGACCCUGAGAUAUCUCCUCCCUUGAGCCCCUGCUCUGAACCCCUAGCCUUUCCAGCCCAUGCUAGGAUCUCACCAGCCCAGACUGCAUCAGCUGUGGCCAGGCCUCGAAGGAGCAGGCACAGGCUGGCUAGCAGCAGCAGCUCAGAGGAUAAGGACAGUGUGAGCCCCCAUGGGCCAUCCCAGAAGAGGCUGAGGCGCUCUGCCUUGGCACAGCAGGAUGAGGCCUGGACAUCUGGUCCUGCCAGCAGUAGGGAGGCAGCCACAGCAAGCACCAGUCGAGCAGCCUACCAGGCGGCCAUCAGAGGUGUAGGCAGUGCUCAGAGCCGCUGCCAGGGACCUGGCCCAUUUAGGGACACAAGUGAAGGCCCAAUGCCCCAGGCAGCACUCAUUCCUGAGGAGGAAUGCCUGGCUGGAGACUGGUUAGAGUUGGAUGAACCCCUGAUAUACAGCCGCCCAUCUCGCCUGGCCUGCCCUCAGGGCAGUGGGGACAGUGGCAGCAGUGCCUCAGGGUCAGACGAGGAGCGCCCCAUCAGACCUGGGGUCCGGACCAAACAGAGCCGCCUUACCUGUUUCAAGCGUUUGAGUCCUCUGAACAAAGUCGGAAGUGUGGCUGCAGAGCCCUCUGGGAAUCCCGUCAUGCCCACGGCCUCGGGGCCCAGUGGAGAGAAUCCUGAAGCAAGCCAGUCCAUGAAUCUGGUUCCACCCGCUCCUCUCCGAGUUCGAGUUCGAGUUCAGGAUCACCUUUUCCUCAUCCCUGUGCCACACAGCAGUGAGGCCCACUCUGUGGCCUGGCUGGCGGAACAGGCUGCCCAACGCUACUACCAGACCUUUGGGCUGCUGCCGAAGCUCACUCUACAGAAGGAGGGGGCCCUGCUAGCCCCUCAGGACCCCAUCCCUGAUGUCCUGCAGAGCAAUGACGAGGUGUUGGCUGAAGUAAUUUCAUGGGACCUCCCCCCGUUGACGGACCGCUACCACAGGGCCUGCCAGAGCCUGGGGCAAGGGGAGCAUGUGCAGGUGCUGCGGGCCAUGGAGCGCCAGGGCUCAGGCCCCUCCUUCAGCACAUGCUCCCUAGCCCUGCGCCAGGCCCAGCUCACGCCUCUGCUGCGGGCUCUCAAGAUGCACACUGGGCUCCGUGAGCUGCGCCUGGCAGGGAACCGCCUGGGGGAUGGAUGCGCCACUGAGCUGCUGGCUGCCCUGGCCACUAUGCCUAGCCUCGUCCUCCUUGACCUCUCUUCCAACCACCUGAGCCCGGAAGGUCUGCGCCAGCUUGCUGGAGGCCCUACAGGACAGGGCACUUUGCAGAACUUGGAGGAGCUGGACUUAAGCAUGAACCCUCUGGGAGAUGGCUCUGGCCAGGCCCUGGCCUCCAUCCUGCGGGCCUGCCCCUUGCUCAGUACCCUGCGUCUCCAGGCCUGUGGCUUUGGGUCCAACUUCUUCCUGAGCCACCAGGCAGCCCUGGGUAGUGCCUUCCAAGAUGCUGAGCGCCUAAAGACCCUGUCCCUGUCGUACAACCCACUUGGCACCCCCGCCCUGGCCAGGACCCUGCAGAGCCUGCCCACCUGUACCCUUCUGCAUCUAGAGCUCAACUCUGUGGCAGCUGGCAAGAGUGACUUGGGCCUCAUGGAACCUGUAGUCAGAUACCUAACCAAGGAAGGCUGUGCUCUGGCCCAUCUGACCCUAUCUUCAAACUACCUGAGUGACAAGGCUGUGAGAGAACUGAGCAGGUGUCUCCCUCUCUGCCCUUCACUCAUCUCUCUGGACCUGUCUGCCAACCCCAAGAUCAGCUGUACCAGCCUGGAAGAGCUCCUUUCUGCCCUCCAGGAGAGGUCCCAAGGCCUCAGCUUCCUUGGCAUGUCAGGCUGUGCAAUCCAGGGACCCCUGGCCCCUGGCCUCUGGGACAAAAUCAUCACACAACUGCAGGAGCUUCGGCUGUGCAGCAGACGCCUGUGCCCUGAGGACCGUGAUGCCCUUCAACAACUACUGCCGGCCCAGGGGCCAUGCUUACUGGACCGAGGCCCCAAGCUCUUCUUCCAGCGCCUUUGACCCCCGCCCUACCCUUCCCAUCUCAGAAGCCUCAAUAAACAGAGCUACUGCUACCUCCCUUGCUAUUGCU